AUGCAGAAAACAUCCACAAAUAUUAAGAUGCUAAGAGUGCAAGCGCUAUCAAUCAUAUGUACACCUCACCCUUUUCUAGAUUUUUCUGGAUUUGCUCCCAUUCCAUAUAAGUUUGGUCCAUAUUAUGGAACACAACGAAAAAUUAACAAUGACGCUCUUUUUGAUAUUUAUGGGUUUCCUACCGUACAAAAGAAACUUGAUUCCUAUUGUAGCACAAACUUACAAAUUAAUAACGAUGCUUUUUUUAGUUUUGGUGGAUCUUCUCCCGUCCAAGGUAAACUCGUUCCACAUUGUAGCACCAAACAAAAAAUUCACGACAACGAUGAAGAGAAUAUUGAGGAACGGGACUUUGGCUUUGCAUGCACCGAAGUCCAAGAAAUGCAUAUAUUUGCCGAUGAAAUAUUUGAAAAUGGAAAAAUACGACCAAUACUCCAUAGUUCGGACCAAUCUCUUCUCUUCUUUCCCAACCCAAAUAAUGAUGCCUCGUAUAUUAGUCCACCGAUAAAGAAGAAUUUUAUUGAGAAUUCCAUAAAACCACACUCAAGAUCAGGUGGUAUUCCAAAUGAAUUUCAAAAUGAUCCGUUACAAAAUAUGACACUGGUUGAGAUCAAUGCUUCGAGUGAGUGUUAUACAAAAAGCAACUCAACAGGGACAUCAAAUUUGUGGAGAUUUCGACAAAACUUGAAUCUUCGAAGUAACAGUGACCAUAAGGAUUCUUUUGUUUUAAUGAAUCCUUCGGUUCCAAAAAAAUCCAACAAGUCAAAGGUAGAAAACAUAGCCGUUAAAAAGAGGAAGGAUGAGAAACGCAAAAGUGAAUUAUCGGCUUAUGAGAAGAUUUAUGUGACUAAUAAAACAAGGAAAGAGAGCAACAAACGAAAAUCAUUUUUGCCGUACAAACACCAAUUAUUCGGGCUAUUUACCAACAAGAAUGGAUUGAGUAGGAAUCUGCACCCUUUUUGA